AUGGCUUUACAAGACGUCAGUGGCUUUCAGGACACCCCUAUGUCUCACAUGUGGAACACUCCUGCCUCACUAUCUGGGCCUAUGGGAGAUACCACUCCUCUCCUGGACAUGGCUGAUGAAAGGAUCCUUGGUUGGGGAAGGUUUAAAUCAUCUGAGAGAGAUGGAGGGGUCCCUCUGCGCUUUUUCAUACCUCCUCCUCAGAGCUCUGUUCCUUUCUGCUGUGACAACAGACACACGUCCCUUUCUUCCCUGUCCACCUCCUCAUCACCGCCCACCCGCCGCCCAUUCCCUUUGUCUCAUGGAACCACUACCCUGGCCUUUGUGUUCCAAGGAGGUGUUAUAGCAGCGGCAGACACACGUGCCAGCUGCUCAGGGCUUGUCGCCUGUCCCUCUGCCCAGAAGAUCCUGCCCAUCCACUCCCAUUUACUGGUCACUACUUCAGGCAGUGGUGCAGACUGCAUGCUAUGGGAGAGAAUCCUGGCCAGAGAGAUCCGCCUUUACCAGCUACGCCACGGCCGCCGCUUGUCAAUUACUGGCUCUGCCAAGCUCCUCUCUCAUAUGCUGCACCCCUUUAAGGGGACUGAUGUGUGUGUGGCAGCCACUCUUUGUGGCUGGGAUCGUUGUGGCCCAAAGCUGUUCUAUGUGUGCAGUGAUGGCACCCGGCUGCAGGGAGAGCUCUUCUCGGUUGGCUCAGGUUCGCCUUAUGCUUACGGAGUGCUGGAUGGAGAGGUGCGGUGGAGCCUGAAUGAGGAGGAGGCUAUCUCAUUGGCCAGAGAAGCUGUGUACAGGGCCACACACAGAGAUGCAUAUUCAGGGAACUGUGUGGACCUUUUCCACAUCACUGCCCAAGGAUAUUGCCGAAGAGACAGGGAGGAUCUGAGAGAGGAGUACCACAGAAAGAGGGAGAGGGUGCUGAAGAGGGGAAAAGAAGAGAGUGAGGAAGAUAAGAAAUAG